UGCGUGCAGACACGGGGAAAGGGCCGCGUGACGCCUGGGCGGCCCUGCGGAGGCCCAUGGCUACUUCCAGGGCGCUCACCACUUUCCGUCUUCCGCCGUUGCCCACGAUCCGAGAAAUCAUUAAGUUGUUCAGACUGCAAGCGGUGAAGCAGCUCUCCCAGAAUUUUCUGCUGGACUUGAGGCUGACAGAUAAAAUUGUAAGGAAAGCUGGCAACCUGACAAAUGCUUAUGUGUAUGAAGUGGGCCCCGGCCCCGGGGGAAUCACAAGAUCCAUUCUCAAUGCCAGUGUCGCUGAACUUCUGGUGGUCGAAAAGGACAGUCGCUUCAUUCCCGGAUUACAGAUGCUUUCUGAUGCAGCCCCCGGAAAACUGAGAAUUGUCCAUGGAGAUGUGUUGACGUUUAAGGUAGAAAGGGCUUUUCCAGAAAGUCUUAAAAGACAGUGGGAGGAUGACCCUCCAAAUGUACAUAUUAUUGGGAAUCUGCCAUUUAGUGUAUCAACUCCACUGAUAAUCAAGUGGCUUAAAAAUGUUUCCCAGAAAGACGGACCUUUUGCUUAUGGCAGAACCCAGAUGACACUGACUUUUCAACAGGAAGUGGCAGAGAGACUCGCAGCCAGCACAGGCAGCAAGCAGCGCAGCCGCCUCUCGGUGAUGGCCCAGCACCUCUGCCACGUGCGGCACCUCUUCACCAUCCCAGGCCGGGCCUUUGUGCCCAAACCGCAGGUGGAUGUGGGCGUGGUGCACUUCACCCCCCUGGUGCGGCCCGCGAUACGGCAGCCGUUCGAGCUGGUGGAGAAGGUCGUGCAGAGCGCGUUCCACUUCCGGCGGAAGUACUGCCACCGCGGACUCGGAAUGUUAUUCCCGGAAGCUCAGCGCUUGGAAAGCACCGGGAAGCUGCUACAGGGGGCAGAGGUGGACCCCACGCUCCGCCCCACCCAGCUGUCCGUCUCCCACUUCGGGAGCCUCUGCGACGUGUACCGGAAAAUGUGUGACGAAGACCCACACCUCUUCGCUUACAAUUUCAGAGAAGAAUGCAAGAGAACUAAGUGCAAAAGUCAGGAACCAGAGGACGACAGGGAGAUUUCCAGGCUGUAGCUGCCGGGCAGGGGCGAGCAGCUCACCGCGCGCCGCCCGUCACGAGGUCGGGCUUCUCGUGAGUGUGCUCUGCCUGCCGCGGAACGAGGGGACUGCCAGUUACCAGAGGGGCCCCUUCCCCAUGCCCCGCACAGCUUGGUAGAGAAAAUAAACGUGAUAAUCAAGUUA